AUGGCCGAAUCUUCAGACACUCACUCGACUGAAGCUCAGUGGGGCACCCCUGCACACACUUCUAGCUUCGAAACUUUUGGUUCAAGAGGGAUAUCUUUAAGUCCGUUACGGGAAGGCUCCCAUGGGUCACGCUCGAAUCCAUCACCUUCUCACCACACCACCAGCGAAGGGGCUCAGCUUGCUUCAUCACUAGCCAGAUCAUCUCACUCACGCAAUGCUCGUUCGUCUACUCGCAAUAUGCACCGCAAUUUCUUCCAGCAACCUGGAUAUCAAAGUCACCUCCACGUCGACCAGCCACAACACGACAAUUCAGGCAUUUACGAAGAACCAUACCAUGAUGAUGAUCAAUAUGGAGACACUUUCACCGCAGGGUCGCCAAACAGCCGUGAAGCUAUCCGUCGCUACUCAGAGGGAGAACAGCCUUGGAACCCUGCUUUGAUUGGAGACAAGAGGUCAUGGUCUGAGAUGACAAGGGAGCAGCAAUCGCCCGACCGUCGUCACCCAGACAAAUUGCAAUCAGAGAUUGAAGAUCUAGAGAAAGGAAUGAACGUUGAAGAUGGCAGUCACCGACCACAGAAGAAAAAGAAGGAAGGUCGACGAAGUGGUGGAACUAGGGCGAAAAACAGUCGCCAUGGCAAGCGUAGAGAUCACGAUAGGGACAGACGUGGAGACGGCAGCAUGGCAACCUAA